CUCGGGGCCAUGGAGUCUCAGGUGGCGGGGGGCCCGGCUGGCCCGGCCCUGCCCAACGGGCCACUCCUUGGUACAAACGGAGCCAGUGAUGACAGCAAGACCAACCUCAUCGUCAACUACCUGCCCCAGAACAUGACCCAGGAUGAGUUCAAGAGUCUCUUUGGCAGCAUUGGUGACAUUGAGUCCUGCAAGUUGGUUCGGGACAAGAUCACAGGGCAGAGCCUCGGCUACGGGUUUGUGAACUACUCUGACCCCAACGAUGCAGACAAAGCCAUCAACACCCUCAACGGCCUCAAACUGCAGACGAAGACCAUCAAGGUGUCCUAUGCCAGACCCAGCUCCGCCUCCAUCCGGGAUGCGAACCUGUACGUCAGCGGGCUCCCCAAGACCAUGAGCCAGAAAGAGAUGGAGCAGCUCUUCUCCCAGUACGGCCGCAUCAUCACUUCUCGCAUCCUGGUGGACCAGGUCACAGGUGUCUCUCGGGGUGUGGGAUUCAUCCGCUUUGACAAGAGGAUCGAGGCCGAGGAGGCUAUCAAAGGACUGAACGGGCAGAAGCCGCUGGGUGCGGCCGAGCCCAUCACGGUCAAGUUUGCCAACAACCCGAGUCAGAAGACCGGGCAGGCCCUGCUCACUCACCUCUACCAGUCCUCCGCCAGGCGCUACGCAGGCCCCCUGCACCAUCAGACACAACGCUUCCGGCUGGACAAUUUGCUCAACAUGGCCUACGGAGUCAAGAGUCCCCUGUCGCUCAUCGCCAGGUUCUCACCCAUCGCCAUCGACGGCAUGAGCGGCCUCGCGGGCGUGGGCCUGUCAGGGGGCGCGGCGGGCGCUGGCUGGUGCAUCUUCGUGUACAACCUGUCUCCGGAGGCGGAUGAGAGUGUGCUGUGGCAGCUGUUCGGGCCCUUCGGGGCAGUCACCAAUGUCAAGGUCAUCCGCGACUUUACCACCAACAAGUGCAAGGGCUUCGGCUUUGUCACCAUGACCAACUAUGACGAGGCGGCCAUGGCCAUCGCCAGCCUCAACGGCUACCGCCUGGGCGAGCGCGUGCUGCAGGUGUCCUUCAAGACCAGCAAACAGCACAAGGCCUGAGCCACCGCCGCCCUCCCCACCCUUCCCGGGCAGCAGAGACAGAGAGAGAGAGCGAGAGCGAGAGCGAGAGAGAGAGAGAGAGAGAGAGAGAGAGAGAGAGAGAGAGACUGAGAGAGAGAGAGAGAGAGAGAGAGAGACAGGGGCCCGAGAGAGACAGCGCAGGCAGACCACGGACGGCACGAGGGCCCCGUGUCCCUGCAGAAGCCACAGGGUGAGCACUCGGUGGGAGGGUCUGCAGGGAAUGGGAGGGCUCCUGGGGGUCCCCCACCCCGUCCUCCUGCCCCUCCCCCCCAGGCUGGGCUGUUCACUCUCUCGUCUUGGUUUUGUUCAUGGUGAAGGUUUUUGUUUCCUUUUUCGGCUAAAGUGAAAGCAGAGAUGUGCCCCCAGCCCACCCUCAACCACCCUCCGUGGAUGGCUUGGAGAAGGGGUGCUGGGGGUGCCCUCCCAGGCCCCCUUGCCCAGGCCUCCCCAACACCUAGGUGAGCCUGAGAGGGGGGAACAGGUUUAA